AAUGAAAUACCAAGUUCUGAAUCAUCUCUAUACACAAUGUCUACCACAGAAAAUGUAUCUGUGCUGUCAAGAACAUCUCCAGACUCUUCUUUCAUAACCAAUAUGACACCACAGCCUACAGCAGUUUCAUCCCCAGAAUCUCUGUCAACCACAUUAGGUUCACCAGUGUGGUCAACUACAUCUCCAGACUCUACUUUGACAACUAAUCGUUCACAUCAGAUAUCUAGAACUCCAUAUGCAGAUUUUGUUUUGAACACUACAAAUACACCAUUGUCACCUGAAUCAUCUUCAGACUCUAUAUUGCCCACAAUAGAUCCUAUAAUGAGGUCCAUACCAUCUCCAGACAUUGCUUUCACAAACAGAGUUCCUACUAAGUGGUUUAUAACCCCAUCUCCAAGCAAUCAACUUACCACUUCCAAUAGACAACUGCCAUCCGCUCAGCUUUCUGUAAGUCCAUCUCCAAAUAUUUUGUCAACCACCACAAACACUGAGCUGCAGUUUACUACAUCUCCAUAUCCUGUUUUGGACAUCCUCAAAGCCUACAUCGUCAUCUUUGGCCGCUCAAGCAUCAGUCAAUAUGCCAGGCAGAGUGCAAAACACUCCAGACUUCAGCUUUUUCUCUUCUUUGCCUUCAAACAAUGAUGUCAAUAAGACAAUCCUAGGAGAGUCAGGUAUGAUGAACACCUCAAAACAGAGAGACAUACAAGUGACAAUGGGCAUGGAAUUUGUUACUCUAGCUCAGCAACCUAUAGACGAUUCCAAAAUCCUGACAACAAAUCAGAGUUCAGGUCUUGUAGUCUCUUCUUUCAUUAAGCACAAACUGUUGGCCCCAGUGCCCACACAAAGACCAUCUGUGACCAGAUCAACUCUGUCGGUAGCAUUAUACUCAGUGCAGGAGUCAGAAACUACAGACUAUGCCUUCUCACAUACCAACAUAAUAGACACCAACAAUGGAAUGGCAAAAUCAGAAAACACAACAGCAAUUUCAAAACAUCAUCUUCUAACUUCUGAGCUCUCUUCUUCAAUGAGUCUGCUGGUCACAACAUUGAGAAAACCAACCUCCAUUCUGCCAAAGGGAGAAAUUGUACCAGAGCACAUUACUAUGCACAACAGAGAUGGACAACCACUUCCAACAAAUACAACCCCAGAAGCUUCAUCUACUAAUGCCGUAGGUACACAAAAAGACAACCCUUCUUCCUCCACCCCAGUAUCUAAUGUGGAAUUACCCUCUGACAUCAAAGAUGUACAGUUUGAAACAAGCAGCACAUCACAAGCAAUGCAGACAGAUCUAAGUAAACAACCUGUGACAGUCACCACAAUUUACACAAAUUCAGUAAGCAUUGCCAAGUCGCAUACAACUACAGCAUUUCCUAAUACUACAACUGAGCCACAAGCUCUCCACUCCUCACAGGCCAAUGGCAGCUCCACCCCUCUGCUGGAUUUGAUCUUUGGAAAUGUAUCCUCUAGAACACCACCAUCAUCCUUCACAAAGGCCUCAGCAGAAAAGGAAGGCAAGGGGCAAAGCACAGAGGAUGGCACCACCAAGUACCAAACAGACUUUUCAGAAACAUCAGUCACGUCAAGUAGUUUAGGAACAGAGAAAACAGAACUACUGGAACCUGAGGCUAGCACCAAAUCAGAACAUAGCCAAAUACUCCAUCUUCAAAUUAAAAUGUCUCUUCUUCCUUCUGGAGUUUUGGAUAAUGAAACUAUAAUCCAAGUGGCACGGCAUCUAAAAAAUAUUAUGGAAAAACAAAUGAAAGGGGAAAGCUGCUCACUGAAGAUUCUAAACAUCUCAAACUGAUGAAUGGAUCAUAAUGUUUAUAGAGAAAUUUGUUUUCCUCAAGUCAGUCUUAAUUUUUUUAAUACACUUUACCUGGCCAAGACAGAAAAGGAAAUUUCAUGAGAUAUACAACAUUGAAAUGUGCUGCUGUUGGUUAGUGAUUGAUCAUUGGCUCAUUAGCUUGACAAUUUCGGAUUUAUCUUCUCUUUUCAUCUACAUGACUCUGUGAUUUGAAAUUCACAAAGUACAGCACUGCACCUGGUUUGUGAUGCAUAGAAGACUAGACAUGGACUUCAUAUCACAAAGAAGAGCUGCCAAAUGCCAUCAGACAACUGUGGAAC